AUGUAUGGAAUAUCGGGAAACCUUUACGACUGGUUCAGUAGCUACCUAUGUGGGCGUACACAGCGUGUUGUUGUCGAAGGCGUAGCUUCGGAAUGGUCCCCAGUAACCUCUGGCGUCCCACAAGGAAGCAUUUUAGGUCCCAUGCUUUUCCUUCUGUUCAUUAAUGAUCUCCCUGACGCAAUCCCUCAAGCAACAUCAACAGGACUGUACGCUGACGACGUGAAGCUAUACAGGGCUAUAACGUCUAACGAGGAUAGUGCUUGCCUAUACAGACCGCCUUGUCGUGCGCUGGAGUUUGGAGCGUUGAUUCAUCACAUUCAACGCCUCUAA